UUUAGCAAUGGAAGUUCUGAUUUCCCUUUUUCUCUUUUCGUUAACUUGUGUGUCAGCAAUUCUUGAAUGUCCAAAAUGUGGCAUCAUGGAUGUGCCAGACCCUCUUAGUACUAGUGAUAAAUGUGGGAAUCCAAGCUACAGAAUUCACUGCAAAAAUGGUAGCUUAGAAUUCUUGUCUGCUGAAGGAAUUUACUACAAAAUCCUCAGCAUAAACCCAAAUGCAUUUAGACUUAUUAUUAGUUCUCUCAUGCAGAAAGACACUUGCCACUCUUUAGAUCUUUCUGUAGGCGGCUUAAGAAUUGAUGAAAACUCUCCCUUCAAUAUAUCAUCGCGGAAUACUGUUAUGUUAUUAAACUGCUCAGAGAGAAUUCUUUUAUCCCCAUUGAACUGCUCUUUAAACAGUCCUUGCAGGAAGUUUGAGAAUGAAUUUAAGGAUUGUAGAGAUACAGUAUGCUGCAGUUACCUGAAGGUGGCUUCUAAGACUUCUCAUAGAAUUAGGGUUAGGGUUGGUGGCUGCACAGCGUAUACUUCUGUGGUGGAUUUGAAGGCAGGAGACCCUAUCAAUGCUUGGAAGUAUGGCGUUGAGCUCCAAUGGCUAUCCCCUAAAUGAAAAUGGUUAACUGUUGGUUGAAAGAUCAAUAACAUAAUGCUGCAAUAUAUUUAUUCUUAGUCUCUUCUCUAAUUAGAUCCAGUCUGCCUUAUGCUGAUAAUUAACAUCAUAUGCUGAUCUGAAAAGCACUUUUAAGUGUAGUAGUGAUGUGUUUGAACAUAAGUGUACUUGCAGUUU